CUGUACGUCCAAACGAUCUAAGCCUAAUUUCUUACUCACGUCGUGUGUAAAGCAAUCUAGCCCAGCAAUGACCCGUAAAUGUAUUCUAUCGACAUGUCAGCUAAACCAGUGGGUGCUCGACUAUGACGGUAACCGCGAGCGGAUCAUCCAGGCCAUCAAGGCAGCAAAGGCAGCCGGUGCCACUCUUAUCUUGACCCCAGAACUCUGCAUACCAGGCUACGGCCUGCUCGAUCACUGGCUUGAGAAUGAUGUCUAUGCCAACUCGUGGGACAUCGUUGCGGAGAUCAUCACCAAUCCGGAGUGUCAAGACAUCGUUGUUGAUCUAGGCCUACCCGUCCAGCACCGCAGCUGCAGCUACAAUGCCCGCGCCAUCGCGCUCAAUGGCGAGAUCCUGGCCAUCCGCCCGAAGUUGGACCUCUGUAAUGACGGCAAUUUCCGCGAGAUGCGGUACUUUACCCCCUGGCCGCGAGGGCGUGUGGAGGAUUACGUGCUCCCAGACGUGAUUCAAGCCCUGCCGAAGAAGCAGCGGCGGUGUCGGAUUGGCGAGGUGGCGUUCGAGGCCUUAGACGGCACGUUUGCAUCUGAGACUUGUGAGGAGCUCUGGACGCCGAAUUCGCCGCAUUCGCUGUACAGUCUCGCUGGAAUCGAGAUUGUGCUGAACUCGAGUGGUAGUCACCACGAGAUACGGAAGCUGGACACGAGGAUCAACCUUAUCAAAGAAGCUACUGCGAAGACGGGAGGCGUGUACAUGUACUCUAACCAGCGUGGCUGUGAUGGCGAUCGGCUCUAUUACGAUGGGUGUGCGAUGAUCAUGAACUCCGGUCACGUGCUGGCCCAAGGCUCACAGUUCUCGCUGCGAGAUGUAGAGGUAGUGACGACGAUGGUAGACUUGGACGAGAUUUGGCCGUUCCGGACGUCGCGGAGUAGAGGGUUGCAAGCUAAUGAUCCAGCGGUGCAUCGUAUCGAGCGGAUUCAAGUCGACUUCCGGCUUUGCGGGAAAGCGUUACAGCUGAACCCGAGAGCGCAACUGACUGAAUCUAUGGAGCCACGAUAUCACCUACCCGAGGAAGAGAUCGCGCUGGGUCCUGCAUGCUGGAUGUGGGACUAUCUGCGCCGGUCACGCGCGAAAGGCUACCUCGUUCCCUUGAGCGGUGGCAUAGACAGCUGUGCCACAGCAACUAUAACGUACAGUAUGUGCAGACUUGUUGUCGCGGAGAUAGCGGCAGGGAACGCAGAGGUGAUAGCGGACGCUCAGCGCCUUUGCGAUGACCAAGAUCCGCGAGGACUUACAGCAGAGCAAUUUUGCAACAAGAUCUUCACGACCGUGUACAUGGGCAUGAAAGAGCAAUCUUCGAAAGAAACGAGGACUCGCGCCGUUGACCUCGCCGCCGCAAUCGGCUCAAAUCACAUCGACACGAACAUCGAUCCCAUGGUACAAGCUCUGCAUGGCGUUGUGACGGACAUACUGCACCCUUUCGAACCUAAAUUCAAGGUGUACGGCGGCUCGCAGACGGAGAACCUCGCCUUGCAGAACUUUCAGUCCCGCUCACGCAUGGUGCUGGCGUACGCUCUCGGACAGCUCGUACCCAAAUCUCGAGGGAGUGAAGGCGGCCUGUUAAUCUUAGGAUCCGCAAACGUGGAUGAGUGUUUGCGCGGGUACCUGACCAAGUACGAUUGCAGCUCGGCAGAUAUCAAUCCAAUUGGUGGCAUCUCGAAGACAGACUUGAAACGCUUCAUCAAGUGGGCUGAGACCGACUUCGGCCUGCCAGUGCUUCGACAGUUCCUAGACGCCGUACCCACCGCAGAGCUCGAACCGAUAACGAAAGACUACGUCCAGUCCGACGAAGCGGAUAUGGGCUUUACGUACGACGAACUUUCGGUCCUGGGCCGACUGCGCAAGUCUUUCAAGCUCGGGCUUGUGGGCAUGUUCCAGCGCUUAGUCGUCGACUGGAGCGAUCGAGUGAAGGCGGACGGUGAGCGCAUGACGCCGACGGAUGUGUACUGGAAGGUCAGAAACUUCAUGUACUACUAUGCGGUCAACCGGCAUAAGAUGACCACGAUGACACCCGGACUGUAUCUGGAAAGCUAUACGCCGGAUGACAAUCGGUAUGAUUUGCGGCCAUUUCUGUAUCCGAGAUUCGCGUUUGAGCAUCGCAAGGUGGAGAGUAUGUUGAAAGUGAUGGAGGAGGGACAGGCGGGACUCGUCAAUGGAGCGUGAGCUGAUUCGAAAGCAAAGGGGACAAGGAUAUGCCGUACAGCCGCUGUGCGAUAGUGAUGGCUAUCGUC